UUUAAAGGCGGCGCGGCGGCGGGCUCGGGGUUCAGAGCGGAGGCGGCAGCGCGGGGCUGAGCGUUGUCCUGCGGGAUCCAGGCUCUGCUCGCGGGGCAGCGCCGGGGCUUCAUGUCUGUGCUGUGUCCCUUGCCCUGCCCUGAUUAUCUGAGAUCAGCUGAAAUGACUGAAGUGAUGAUGAACACCCCAGCUAUGGAUGAGAUUGGGCUAAGCCCCCGCAAGGACGGCCUGUCAUAUCAGAUCUUCCCUGAUCCCUCAGACUUUGAUCGCUACUGUAAGCUGAAGGACCGCCUGCCCUCAAUUGUGGUGGAGCCAACGGAGGGCGAUGUGGAGAGCGGUGAGCUGAGAUGGCCACCCGAAGAGUUCUUGGUGCAGGAGGAGGAGGAAGAAAACUGUGAAGAUGCAAAGAAGGACAACAAGGAGCAAUAAAUGGCAUAUGAGGAAAAGCAAGGGACUGCACCCUUCUGAAGGAAGAACAACAAUUCUUUUGAAAGUCUUUUAAAAAGAAAAGACAAGUUCAAUUUUGCACCUGCGAGAUCUUAGUUUUUUGUAUUCUCUGUAUUGAGAACUGAAGCCCUCGGUGUCACCAGACCUCCUGAGGAAGGAAGGAAGUAACGCAGAGAAAUGUUUGCUGUUCUCGAGAUCACUAUCUGUGUUUUUCCGAGGCGGAGGCAGCAGUGAAAUUCCAAGCACAUGGCAGAGGGUGGCCAUGUGAGGACUGCUGGAGGGGGGAGCUUGGGGAGUGGGAAGAAAGUCAGAGGUGACAGUGUUCAGCCAGGAGCUGCCUCUGGAUAAAAGCAUGAGAACAGAGCAGUCAUCUCUCAGAUUUGCCUUUCUUACAGCUUCCAGUUUGUGUGUUGAGGUGGAAGAGUGUCUGUAGCGAAGCAUGGCUGCUGCUGAGGGGCCUGUAGCUCUCCCCAGGUCGGCACCUCCUAGGGUACCGUGAGCAUCCAUAGGAGUAGUUGGGUUUCUUGCUCUUGAGCCUGUUUCCAGCCACUUUUCCCAAAGCUGUUUUCUCCCCUGUUUGCCUUUAGACUCUUCAAUGCUGAACAGCUGUAUUUGCAGGAUAAUGUUAGGCUGUUGCUUGUCAUCUCUACUGUGAGGCCCUUGUUUGUCUUGCAGGUCAUUAGUGUGAGGUAGUGUGCAUCCAAAGUGAAGAUGCUUCUAUCUGCAGCAAGAGCUCAUGUCUGUUUGAGCACCUGGGAUCUUUCUCUCCUGUUUGACAAAGGUGCUGUGGUUGCUUUUGUGCAGCACCCAAGGCCAGGGGUGGGAAUUUCACCUCUCUAUCUUUUUGUCCUCGAGG